AUUUGGGAAAGCUCCAGUCUUGCCAAGCCUGUCUAGCAUUAUAGCCAUGCGUUGCCUAGCCUUCAUCGCUUUCUGCCUGUCUGCACUUUUGGCCCUGGCUGUGGGCCAGGUAUUCCAGUACGAUUGCCCGUGUCCUCGAAACUAUGAUCCUGUGUGCGGAUCGGACUCCUUGACCUAUACUAACCCGUGUGUUUUGGAUUGUUUAAGUAAAAACGGACGCUUCAUUACUAUGGUAAAGAAGGGAAGAUGCUAGAAAGCUGAACAUGGAUCGCCAAUUGGUUUUCGACUUACAUUCGUAUGAUGAAAAGUGAACAAUAAAUAAUAUGUAUAAAUAAUUUAAAAAUGUAUAUGCUUCUGGUAUCAGGACGAAUCGCUUAAGCUUAAACUGUGUUUAUACAAACGGUAUUGUUUAAAUCUUUUGUGGUACAAAUAAAAAUAGUUUAUAUCGUAAAA